AUUUGUUGUCUUCUGUUUAAGUGUUUUUUUUAAGGUACCUGCUGACCAGAUAUGUGAAACUGCCAUGGAUCCAUGGCUUUGGAUCUUUGUGAACGUGAUGUUUCUUUGACAACAUGGAAAGGGUUUAGGUGAGGAAUAACAGAAUCGUCUUAAAGUGGGCGGUCUUCUGUGGUACAGUGUUCAGCUUUCUCCUUACUUGAUGUGGGGGCAGCUACGGCAUCUUCUCUUGGCCUGUCGACCCGACGAGGGUUACUUAGCGACAGAAAGUUAUGAAAAUGAGGACGAGAAUGAAAACACGCAGGACAGAUUCAAGGAUCCCAUAUACAUUCAGCCCAUGGGAUCAGAGCGGAUGGAGAUGCGAAAGAGGCAGAUGUCGGUGCAGCAGGAGUCGGUGGCGGGCACCACAGCACCGGCGCAGAACGAGCAGCCCGGCCAGGGGAACCGUGCAUCCAACGCCUGCUGCUUCUGUUGGUGCUGUUGCUGCAGCUGCUCCUGUCUCACUGUUAGGAAUGAAGACAGAGAAGAGAGGAACCGGAGAGCCUCGUAUGAUUUUAAAACAGAGGAGAAUGCAGACUUCGAGGAAAGUCCGAAACCGACUGCGGAGGAGAUACACUUGUGGGGGCAAUCCUUUGACAAACUAAUGCAAUGCCCCUCUGGAAGAAGUGCCUUCCGGCAGUUUCUACGCACCGAGUUCAGUGAGGAAAACAUGCUCUUCUGGUUGGCCUGCGAGGAAUUUACUAAGGAAACCAAUAAAAGCUUCAUCGAGGAGAAGGCGCGGAUAAUUUAUGAAGACUACAUUUCUAUUCUCUCACCCAAAGAGGUGAGCCUCGACUCUAGAGUUCGGGAGGUUAUAAACAGGAAUAUGCUGGAGCCAACAUCCCACACGUUUGACGACGCCCAGCUCCAGAUAUACACACUAAUGCAAAGAGACUCGUAUCCGCGAUUCAUGAACUCCCAAGUCUACAAAAACAUGCUUCAGUCAGUCUCUGAGAUGUCGGUGGAAUCUUAGAUCUCUGUGAUCCCGGUGAAAUGCCCCCUCCCUAUCUUUUGUUUGGUAGCUUUCCUUGUGUAGAAUAUGUUUAAAAGGACCUCGGCGUGGGUCCUCCCAGGGAUUUUACUGCUAUAGCGAUCUGUACCUGAAAAAAGACGCUCAGGUCUCCAGGUCACUGGAUAAAAUAAAAAAAAAGUCUCAAAUUUCCUGAGGGCUCAACACCACAAGUACUGCUACAGAUCAGCAUAGCAAACGAUGCUCCAAAGGAUUACCAGUGCGUUUCGAUGUUUUUGAGAAAACAAUCUAUUUGAUUUAUUUUACCGUUUUUUUUAUUUAUUAUUAUUUCAAAGUUUUUGUAUCAAUGUUUGAAGGAAGAUGUGAUACCAAUUGUGGGCUAUAGACAGUAUAUACAGUAGAUAUAUUUAUGAAUUUGUAUUACAUUUGUUGUGUUACAAUAUUUAAAGAAAAGGGAAUUAUGGGUAACAAGUAUUGCCUGUUAAUGAAAAUGCGUAUGAGAAUCAAAGCUCAAGUCAAGGCAACACUUCGGCUCUACUCACGUUGUACACAGUAUUGUUUCAGCUACUUUUCUAACUACUCCCUGUUAUAAUGACUUGGCAUCUCCAAUGAGAAAUCACAAUUAUCAGAAAAAUGAUAAAAGUGAUAAUAAAGGAAAUAUACUAGUUUUAAAAAGGUGAAAAUGUUGAAAUGUCAUGGAUAAGAAAAAGAUAAUAUCAUAAUUGAUUUUUUUUUUUAAAUAUAUCUCAGACAGCUUAAUAAUAUUAUUUGCUCGGCUUUUUGUACUGCUUGAAAAUAUCAAUAAUUUAUUUACAGAUAUAUAAUUUACCCAUAAGUGUUUUUGUGUAUCAUUGCAUUCAUUUAUUCCUGCUGCACCCAAAAUGAGCAGCUAAGAAACGGUUGGACAUGUCAAGUAUUCCUUGCAUGUACUCAACUCAUUUGUGUACAGUAUGUAGAGGUAGUAAUAUUUUUAGGAAUGACCUCUAAUUGAAGAGAUUUAACAUGCAGGCAUUUUACUUCAGUAUCAAAUGUGGUUCAGAUCAGAGUCCUGAAUGGAGAGGUGCAGGUUUUAUUGUUAGGGCCCUCAUUAGUAGAUGACACCAAAGCAUCCAAGUCCAGUAAAACUGUGUGAUUAGUUUUCCUCCAAUACAACUGACUAGAAUUGGAGCUGCCAAGUUUUUACUUUUAGUUUUGUGAAUUACUUUGUUGCCUGACUUUCAUGUCGUUCAAAGACAAGAUCCUCACUCGAGGAAGUGCCUUGACAUUCAAUUUUGUGGCAUCUCUUUUUUGGCAAUAGUUGAUUUAAACUCUUGCCACAUAGACUCUGGGCCUUUGAUCAAUUCAUGAGAUGACUUGUCCUGCACAGUGACUUCUGAAUUGAACUAUUGUACUUCAGUCGCCUGUAGUUUUGGAGCGAAAAACACCAUUGGUUUUGUGGAAGUACGUCUGUUUGUCGGUUAGUCCGGGACAAUUCAUUAAGAUUGUUGAUCUGAGUCCAGAUGUACUUUUACCAACAUGUAUUUCAUGGUGGUGCUUCUACUUGUCUUAGACUAACUUAAUAUGAAAUGUGCAAUUGAUAUGUGCAAUUUGAGCUGAUGGAUUCACCACAUAGAUCAACCUCAAACACAAUCUAAGCCAAUGGUUUGGAGUUAUACUGCCUAUAAAUCUUUCUUUCUUUCUCUCUUUUUUGUUGUUGUUCUGUAAAGUAUACAAAAAAAGUGUUAUUUUCCAAUCAGUUUACAUAAAGAUUAUAAUACUUUUUUGAUUAAUAAUAUGUGAAUGUUUACAGUAAUCAGAUUUGUUUUUUUCUUGUUUUAUUGAAUUGAGAAAAAUAAUGAUUUGUGGGCAUUUGGAAUCUUUAAGAUACAAUAAAGCACAAUAAUUUUAAAAA